UUGGACUGCUGACGAGUACGGCAGCUACGUGCUGAAGCACCCUGGAUUAUUUAGUAGCCUCCACCAUGUUACUUCACUUUCUAGUUUUAGGGGCCUUGCUUUUCCGGUCAGAGUGUUACUUUUCUGAAGAAAAGUAUCCGGAGGAGUCGAAAAUGCAGUCUCCUACCGUGGUUAUCGCUAUUAUAGCCAGAAACACCGCUCAUUCCCUUCCGUACUACCUCGGAGCUCUGGAGAGACUCAACUACCCGAAAGAUCGCAUCUCUGUAUGGGCUGCUACAGAUCACAACUUGGAUAACACCACAGCCAUACUGAAAGAGUGGCUUACUGUCAUGCAAACAUUUUACCAUUAUGUUGAGUGGAGACCGAUGGAUCAGCCCACGUCCUAUGCAGGAGAGCUUGGUCCUAAGCACUGGCCCAACACCAGAUAUGAGUAUGUGAUGAAGCUGAAACAGGCAGCACUGAACUUUGCCAGGAAACGCUGGGCUGACUACAUCUUGUAUGCUGAUACAGAUAAUAUCCUCACCAAUCCAGACACUAUCAACCUGCUUAUAGCGGAGAACAAGUCAGUGAUCGCUCCCAUGCUGGACUCUCAGGGAGCAUACUCCAACUACUGGUGUGGUAUCACUCCACAGGGAUAUUAUCGUCGGACAGCAGAGUACUUCCCUACCCGUUACCGUCACAGAAUGGGCUGCUUUCCAGUACCCAUGGUCCACUCAACCAUGCUACUGGAUUUAAGGAAGGAGGGCAUGAAGAAUCUGGCGUUCUACCCUCCUCACAAGGACUACUCAUGGCCCUACGACGACAUCAUUGUGUUUGCCUUCUCCUGCCGAGCUGCAGAAAUACAGAUGUACCUGUGCAACAAGGAGCGCUACGGCUACCUAAACGCCCCAGCCAAACCUCACCAGACCUUGGAAGAUGAUCGCCUCAACUUUGUCCAUCUCCACCUUGAAUCCAUGAUUGAUGGUCCUCCCAUGUACCCCUCUCGCUUUGUCCACAUGUUCCCCAAACAGAGAGACCUCAUGGGCUUUGAUGAGAUAUAUUUGAUAAAUCUACGACGCCGUCCAGACCGUAGAGACCGGAUGUUGUUCUCUCUGAAUGAGCUGGAGGUUGACGUCAAGGUGGUGGAUGCCAUAGAUGGAAAUGCAUUGAACAGCAGUGACAUUAAGAUCCUGGGCGUUGAUCUGCUGCCAGGCUAUUAUGACCCAGUCUCUGGACGCACCCUAACAAAAGGAGAGGUGGGCUGCUUCCUCAGCCACUUCUACAUCUGGAAGGAGAUGGUGGACAUGCAGAUGGAUAAAGCACUGAUCUUUGAAGACGACGUCCGUUUCCAGGCCAACUUCAAACGACGAGUCCUCAGACUGAUGGAGGAGGUGGAGCAGAUGGAGCUGGACUGGGACAUCAUAUACUUCGGCAGGAAGCAGGUGAAUCCUGGGAACGAGGAGCCAGUGGAGGGCAUUCGUAACUUGGUGGUGGCCGACUACUCAUACUGGACUCUAGCCUAUGCCAUCUCCUUGCAGGGAGCUCAAAAACUAGUCAAUGCUGAGCCGCUUUCCAAGAUGCUGCCUAUCGAUGAAUUCCUCCCCAUCAUGUAUGACAAACAUCCCAAUGAGGACUACAAGUCCCAUUUCCCCAACAGAAACGUACAAGCCUUCAGUGCACACCCCCUCCUGGUCCAGCCGUGUCAUUACGCCGGUGAUCCUGAGUGGGUGAGCGACACAGAGACCUCGACUCUGUGGGACGAUGACUCAGUACAAACCGACUGGAGGGGUUCCCACAAGACCCUGAAAGGGGCUGCGUCACCACCUGAGGUGCUAUCAGCUGCCCACAGGAAUGAGCUUUAGUGCAGAGCAGACGUAGCUGUGGAGAACCUGCAGGUCAGAGGGCCAUGGGGUCAGAGAGACAGAUGCUGAGAGAGCAUCUCAGACUCUGUUUCAGCCCUCUCUGUGUCACACCACUGACAUACUCAGUAUCACUUAACCUGGACUGAUGUUUUCAUGUUACCAAGCAUAUGGCACAAGAUGAUAUUUAGGGGAAAACAUUUUUAAUGAGAGUUUGUACAGUUUGUGUGGCUGAUGCCAAGAGCAUUUUAGCAUUUUUGUUUGAAUGUAUGCUUGUGAUACUGUGUGCUUGUGAUUACAUGUUUGUGAUGCUAAUUACGGAGCUUUGAAAUGGAAACCAGAGAGCCAGCUCUACAAAGACUUUUAUCUGUUAUUCUGUUGAUUACAGACUGAGACUCUGGACAGACGUCUGGCACAGUUAUUGAUAUUAUGUCUCUCUAUCUGUUUGGUUUGAGAUUAUUACAUUUAUCUGUCUGUUCUUUUGUCCAUUUGCGUAUCAGAACUGAUUAGCGUGAUACAUUUGUAUCUAGCACAAAGCUGAAGCCAGUGCAUAUUUUGCUUGGCUUCAUUAACAAAUGAUGUACUUCAUGGUUUUCAUAUGGUACCGAAUUGUAUUUAUGAUGUUUUUGUGUUAGUGAACUUAACACAGUGAAUGUUUCUCUUAGAGCUAAUUAAGCUUGAUUUGUUUUUUUUACAUCAAGUCAUUAACAGAGCUGAAAUAACCUUGAAUUAUUGGACUACCUUUGACUCUAAGGCUGUUUUUUAAGUUAAAUUAGGUCAAUUAAAAUUUUGGAUUUCAAGGUCAGAAUCGGUAUAAAUUUAUUUGGCACACUCCGUUUGUCUGCCAUUGUGCUCCCACAUUUUCUUUCCACUCCGAAUAUUACAUUUUAUGUUCUCAGAUGUUUGUUUAUUUGGGCUUCAAAAUGACAUAAUUUAUGAUUUUUGAGAUAAAAUCAUCAAAUAUGUAUA